AUGAUGUCAACAGGAGAAAGGUCGACAAUAUUAAUGUUAGCAACCACAAAAUCAUCAACAACAACAGCAGAACCAGAGUCAACAACAACAAUAACAACAACAACAGAAGAAGCAGGUUUAUCUAGCAAUUUACCAUGGAGUACAACUGGCAUCGCUCUGCUCUCCGCAUUAACAAGAUUAUCAUGCACACGUCUGUUCAUUGAUUCCGAUGACACUUUGUAUGGUGUUGAUAAAGACAGACACUAUGUUUGGAAGUUAUCAAAAAAUGCCAAAUAUGCAACAGUUGUCGCUGGAGUUCAUGAAUCAAUAGGAUCUAAUAGUGUUAAACUAAACUAUUCCGAAGAUGUUUAUGUUGAUCGACAUGGAAGUAUAUAUGUGCUCGAUACUAACAAUCAUCGCGUACAAAAAUUCAUGAAUGGAACAACACAUGCAAUAACUAUUGCAGGUUUAACUGGAUCAGGUGGAUGUUCUUUAAACCAAUUAUAUUAUCCUCGAGGUUUUGCUUUUGAUCCAACAGAUACAUUUAUGUAUAUUGCUGAUCGUAGCUGUCAUCGAGUAGUACGUUUUUUGACGAAUUCAACUUCAGGCACCGAUGGAAUUGUUGUAGCUGGAACAGGAACAGGAAUACCUGACAAUACAAAUGAAACAUUGAAUGGACCAUGGAGUAUUCGGUAUUUAUCAUCGAUACACUAUGGUUUGCUUAUCGUAAAUCAUAAUGGACACUCAGUAAUACGCUGGCCUCUUGGUGCUACCUCAGGUACGUUUGUAGCUGGUCUGCCUGGUAUAUCGUGUUCUAACUCUACUUGCCUUUUCGAACCGGCGGAUGUUAGAAUUGAUGACAAUCUGAAUAUGUAUGUUGUUGAGCAGAAGAAUCAUCGAGUUCAAAUGUUUUGCAAAGAUAGUAAUGUAAGUGUGACUGUUGUUGGAAAUGGUACCCCUGGUAAUAGUCCAACACAGUUAGAUGGUCCACGUGGUAUGGCAUUCGAUUCAGAAAUGAAUAUGUAUGUUUGUGAUACAGGUAGUAAGCGUGUUCAGAAAUUUCUCAAACGUUGA